CACAAACCAUCGAGGGCAUCUCAUUGGAGCGGAACUCGUCACCCUGACCAAUGAAAAUGGACACACGGACACAACAAUGCCAAGAAUCAAAACAAUAAAUAGUAAAUAAAUAAGAGAAAUAAAAAAAAAUAAAGAAAUAGUAGGACUCUGCUGUGCGCACUGUACAAAUUCUCCUUGGAAUCGAAGCUCAAUCAGAAUCUCAUCAGCACUUCAAUCCACCGUAGAAUUUAAAUUCAGAUCUGAUUCUUGUUAUUGAAGAAGAAACACUCUCUAAUUAUUAUGAAUUUAUAUGAUCAGUAGAAAUGUCUGAAAAUCACGAUUCGGAGAAUUUUGGAGCUGUUGAUAACGGACCAAUUUACCCUCAAUCUUCGACUAAUCAGGAAGCGGAACCUAUUGAGUUGUCUCGUGUUGAUAGCAAAGAAGAUAUGUUUAUGGAUGCUUCCGAUGAGUUGAAUAAUGAUAAUAAGGAAGCUGGAACGCCAACUGCACGUCAAAACGAUGGUGUUUUAGAGGAAAAACCGAACGCGGUAGCUAGAGAGUUUGAUGCAAUGGAUAAUGGUGCAUACAAUAAUGAAGAUAAUGAUAAUAAUCACUUUGUCAAUGAAGUGGAACGCUUGCGAGCUUUGCUGGAGCAGGCUGUUGACGAAAAAGAGAAACUCGAAAUCAAACACAAGGAAGAGAUGGAGGCGCUUGCGAGGGGGAUUUCUAUGAAGGAUCAAGAGAUUGAAGGGCUGAAUGCCAAGGUUAUGAAUUCAGUAGCAGAAGAAGAGAAGAAGGUUUAUGUAGAGAAUAGCCAGCGAUGUGAGGUUGUAAUGGAGAGGAUUUUGGCUGCUCUUGGGUCAGUUGUUGAUCAAGGAGAUUUUUUGGGUGAUUCUGGUGGGAAGCAGAUUGACCUUGUUGAGAAAAGCGCGUUGGCAUUAAUUGAGAAGUAUAACCAGUUUCAUUUGAAGUUAAUCAACUUACAGUCUUUGACAAAGGCUGAGUGUGAUUUUGGUGUGCGGGAGUUUGGGACUGUAUUUGUUGCUGCCCGUGAUGAGUUAUGUGAGUUGAGGAGGAAGGAAGUGGAGCUGGUUGAAAAAAUUGGUCUUCUGGAAGAUGAAAAUAGGAAAUUGCUUGAACAAGUUGAAAGUGAGAAAGCGACAGUGGAGAUGCUAAAUUUGGAGCUUGGAAAAACAAAGACGGAGGUUGAGCAGGAAAAGAUGAGGUGUGCUAAUACUAAGGAAAAGCUAAGUAUGGCUGUGACAAAAGGGAAGGCAUUGGUUCAGAAGCGGGAUGCUCUGAAGCAUUCUUUGGCUGAUAAAACAAGUGAGCUUGAGAAAUGUCUAGUUGAAUUGAAAGAGAAGUCUAGUUCCCUAGAAGCUGCCGAAUUUCAAAAGGAAGAGUUGUUGAAAAGUGAAAAUUUGGUUGCAUCAUUACAAGAAUCACUCUCGCAAAAGACCUUGAUUCUUGAGACAUUUGAACACAUCCUAUCCCAGAAUGAUGUACCUGAGGAACUCCAAUCAGUGGAUAUAGUUGGAAGAGCUAGAUGGCUUGCUAAUGAAAGAAAUGAGCUGAAGGGUGUUUCCUUGGACUUCUUCAGAUUGAAAGAUACCAUUUGUGCUAUCGAUUUACCCGAAAAUGUCUCCUUUUCCGAUUUAGAUUCUUGCUUGGCUUGGCUUAAGGAAUCCUUUUUCCAGGCUAAAGAUGAAAUAAAUAUGUUGCAAAAUGAAAUCACCACGAUAAAGGAAGCUGCACGUUAUGAGAUAGAUCAUUUGAGUGCUUCACUUUUGACUGUACAACAAGAGAAGGAUUGCAUUAAGGAAGAGUUAGAUCAUCUCAGAAGUAAAUAUGACGAAAUUGCAGGCAAGGCGCAUCAGAUAUCAUUGGACAAGGAUCAUUUAAGUGCUUCACUUGCAGCCGAACUAGCAGAGAAGGAUUAUAUUCAAAAGGAGUUGGACAACAUCACAAGUAAAUAUGAAAAAGUAGUUGAGAAGCUCCAUCAACUUUCAUCAGAAAAAAAUGAGAUGGUCCGAUUGUUGAUAGAGGGUUCUGGAAUAGUGAUGGGGGAUCAAGAAUGGAUUGAAGAGACUUCUUCUAAUCUGCCUAUGCUAAUAGAUAGGUGCUUUGGGAAGAUAAAGGAACAAAUGAGUGCAUCUUUGGAGAAUCCUUUUGUGGAUGCAGAACUAUUUGAAAACCUUCAAAGUCUCUUGUAUGUUAAGGAUCUGGAAUUGACACUUUGUGAGGAAAUACUAGAAGAAGAUAUUCUGGUGAGGUCACAGCUGAAAGAUCUGUCAAGUAAGUUCAGAGUAACUUAUCGGGAACUUUUUGUGGUGAAGGAGGAGAAAGAUGUUCUGCAAAAAGAUCUUGAACGGUCAGAGGAGAAAUCUAGUCUGUUGAGGGAGAAGUUAUCAAUGGCAGUUAAGAAGGGAAAGGGAUUGGUUCAAGAUCGGGAAAACUUGAAAGUUCUUCUUGAGGAAAAGAACUCAGAAAUUGAGAAGCUGAGGCUUGAGUUACAACAGGAAGAAUCUACAGUUGCUGAGUGCAGGGAUCAGAUCUGUACUUUAUCUACUGAUCUAGAGUGCAUCCCGAAGUUGGAGAGUGACCUUACAGCUAUGAAAGAGGAAAGGGAUCAACUUGAGAAGUUCUUAUUUGAGAGCAAUGGCAUAUUGCAGAGAGUAGUUGAAUCAAUUGAUCGCAUUGUUAUUCCAGUUGAUUCAGCAUUUCAAGAGCCUGUAGAGAAGCUGAACUUCCUUGCUAGGUGUAUUGAUGAUUUUCAGACUGCCAAGACACAUACUGAACAAGAGUUGAGGGAAGUAAAGGAAGAGGCUAGUAACCUGGCUGGCAAGUUAUCCGAGGCCCAAGCAACUAUGAAAUUACUUGAAGAUGCAUUGGCUGUUGCAAAGAAUGAUUUGUCUCAACUUGCUGAAGAGAAGAGGGAGAUGGAAUUUGAUAAAAAAAAUAUACAGACAGAGUUGCAGAAAGCAAUCCAAGAAUCUCAUUCACAAACUAACAAGUUUGCUGAGACUUGUGAGGCUAGAAAGUCACUUGAAGAGGCAUUGUCACAGGCAGAAAGUAAAAUUUCAUUGCUUAUCAGUGAGAAAGAAGAGGCUCAAAGUAGCAGAACUGCUUCAGAGAUGGAAGUGGAGAAAGUGAGAGGGGAAGUUUCUGUUCAGACUAGCAAACUCACAGAGGCAUAUAACACUAUAAAGUCACUUGAAAAUAGACUUUCUCGGGCAGAGAUGACUGUUGCUUCACUAACUGAACAAAGUAACAAUUCACAAGUGGAAAUAAGCAACUUGGAGAAUGAACUGAAGAAACUAAAAGAUGAAACUGAGACCCAGGCUAGCAGGCUGGCAGGUGCUGGCACAACCAUAAAAUCACUAGAAGAUGCAUUGGUUAAGGCAGAAAAUGACUUUUCUGCACUUCAAGGCGAAAAAAGAACUGCUGAUCAGGAGAUAUCGACUCUUAAUUCCAAGCUGAAUGCAUGCAUGGAAGAGUUGGCUGGGAAUAGUGGCAGAUUGAAAAGCAGAUCCAGUGAGUUGAUUGGUCAUCUCAACAAUCUUCAAACGCUUGCCAAAGACCAAAGUUUUUACUCCACAAUGAAACAAUGCUUUGACAGGAACUUGGAGUGCCUUAAAGACAUGGAUCUUACCAUUAAAAACACAAGGGAGCAAUUGUUUGACAAGGAUUUGGAACUGCUGAAAGGUUACCCACUCAUGGAGGAUAUUGCUAAUCUGGCAAGACAAUUCUCUGAUGAUAUGGAUAAUACUGUGAACACUGAAAUGGAGAAUGAUGAAGCAAAUGCAAUAAAUGCUGAUGAUGUUUCUUCUUGUUUUAGAAGGGUUGCAGAAGGGUUCCAGUUGCGAAACAAAAUCCUAGCAGAUAGGUUUGAAGGUUUUUCAAACUUCCUAGAUGAGUCAAUAGCAGCCCUAUUAAAAAAAUUACAGGCCACAAAGGAUGAGAUAGAAAGUAUGGUUGAGAGUAUGGAAUCCUUGAAACAAAAUGUCAAAAACCUGGAACUCCGUGAACAAGAAAAGGAGAAGGCUAUAACCAUGUUACAGAAUGAUGUUGGAAUUUUACUCUCUGCUUGUACAGAUGCAACUGGAGACCUGCAGCUUGAAGUUAAGAACAAUCUUAUAGAACUUAUCUCUGUUCCUGGGCUUGAAAAAUUGAACCAUGGUUUGCAACCAGAAGUGGGAGAAUCUGUUGGGGAUGACAUGGCUCAGCAAGAGUUUGGUGGCAACAGAUAUGCUCAGACAGCAGAGAAAUUGUUGACUGCUACUAGAAAAGUUCAAAGUUCGGUGAAGUUUUUUGAAACUACAAGCAAAGCAGUGGCCACUGUCAUUCAUGAUUUGCGGAAAGAAUUGGAAGAUACCAGAAAAGCCUGUGAGAAAGCCAUUGAAGAAAGAGAUGCAUAUCAAAGUAGGAUUUUCAAGUUGGAGAAUGAUGUAGAAGCAUUGGAAGAUUCAUGCAGAGAACUGAGGCUCAAGGUAGAGGGUUAUCAAGCCAAAGAGGACAUAUGGAAAGAAAAAGAGGCAGAAAUUUUGUCAUUGUACAAUAGUUUGUUGAUGAAAGAAAAAGAAGCUGAAGAGCCUUUCCUGUCUGCAUCUCAAUUAAGAACUCUAUUCGACAAGCUAAGUGGGAUGGAAUUUCCUCUUGUAGAGUCAGAAGACCUGGAGCCCCAUAGCUCGGCUGAUGCUAAGAAACUGUUUUCUGUUAUUGAUAGUUUCACUGAUUUACAGAAUCAAAUAAAUUUGCUAUCUUAUGAGAAGGAAGCACUACAGUCUACACUUUCAAGACAGAUUUGCGAAAUUGAACAUCUUAAAGAAGAAAUGGGAAUACAUGUUAGAAAUAAGCUAGCUUUGGAAGAGAUGAAAACGGAACUGUCUGAGGCUACAUUUGGUUUGGAAAAGAUUAUUGUUGUGUUGGGAGGUAAGGAGUUUAUUGGAGGCCAAAAUUCUGUUGGUUUGAAAGCAUUUUUGCCUGUUUUAGAAAAGCGUGUUAAUGCCCUGCUGCUGGAGGCCGAAAAUUCAAAAUCCAAAGCACAGGAACUUGGUACCAAGUUAAUUGAAAGCCAAAAGGUCGCGGAUGAAUUGUCAACUAAGGUUAAGUUACUUGAAGAUUCUGUUCAUGGUAGGACUGUUCAGCCUGAGAUUGUCCAGGAAAGGAGCAUCUUUGAAGCACCUCCUGCACCCACUGGGUCAGAAAUAUCUGAAAUUGAAGAUGCGGGAUCACUUGGAAAAAAUACAAUAUCUCCUGUGCCCCCGGCUGCUCAUGUGCGAACUAUGCGAAAAGGAUCAACAGACCAUCUUGCACUUAAUAUUGACUUGGAAUCUGAUCACCUGAUCAACAAUGAGGAAACUGAUGAGGACAAAGGUCAUUUAUUCAAGUCUCUCAACACAUCUGGCCUCAUUCCAAAACGAGGAAAGUUGAUUGCAGAUCGAGUUGACGGAAUUUGGGUAUCUGGUGGCCGAGUUCUAAGCAGUCGUCCAAGAGCAAGGCUAGGCCUCAUUGCCUAUUGUCUUCUCCUGCAUAUAUGGCUACUGGGAACCAUUUUGUAACAACGUUUGUGACCAUCAAUCCACCGGACCAACGCCUUACCGUAUCAGAUCAGCUUCUUAAAUUGUAUCAUAGAUAAAAUUGUAGUCAUUCUUUCCCAUUCUUUUGUUUUUCCCUCAUCUAACUCUUCUUAACAUGGUGCCUAAUAGGUUGGCAUACAUUUUCUGACCACCGUAUGCAUUCUCUGCAAUAGCAUUUUUAGAAACUGCAGAGAAUGUAAGGUUCAAACUUUCAAACGCAAUAAUUCGCAUUGUGCCCCUUUUGUCUGAAGUGGGACAUUGAGCAUAUUGCAAAUUGUGAUAGAUCGUAGACAAAAUUGAGAUAUAUAUAUAUAUAUAUAUAUAUAUAUAUAUAUAUAUGUGCUCCACGGUUUACUUGAAAUUUUUGUCCUGCCAUCAUUUUAGGUACAUUUAUCGGCCCUUCGAGUUUGUAAUCAUAUUACACGGUGAUACAUUCAGGUUGGUUUUAGCCUCCUCUCGUGUAUAGCUUUGUUGAAGGUUUAAAUCCCGUUGUAGAUAAAGGUGUAAUCAAGUCGAUACAUUAUCAGGUUCGUAUUUGGCUGUUUAAUUCGAGAUUGAUCGUAAAUUUUAUUUUUUUAUACGGCUCAAUUAUAUUCAA